AUGUCCUACACUAAGGGAAGAACGACAGGUGGCGUUUUCGUUGCUUGUUUGUUGGUGUUGUCAACCGUACUCGUCGCAACUAUUGCCGGUGCCACCGAAAACAGAAGACCAAGUGUUGAACUCGAGGGUUUGAGAGCUCUCAAUUUCUUUUUGCCUGAUGCCAAAGGAGUGGUCGAUGCAGAUAUUGUGUCUUCAUUAAAGGAAGCAGUUUCCGGAGAGGAGGAAGUUGAAUUAGCACAACAAUACUUGAACUUUGCGAAGGAUGUGAAAGAUCUCUACGAUCAAAUCACCAAUGACAACAACUCACAAGAAAUUUCAGACUUUAAGAAAGUCUUGUUGAAGAUUGUCAAAUACUUGACCAAGAAAUCAAGCCAUCCAAGAAUGGACUUGUUAAAGACUCAACUCUCACAAUUCGUUAAUGAACAACAAGCUCCAUCAACUGCACAACAAGGACCAUCCCAAACGAAACAAGUAGCUGCUGAUUCCGACUCGGCUGACACUGCAGCUCUUCUCAAAGAACUCCAAGAUGAUGAAGAAGAGGCCGAUUCUGAAUGGAUCACUGUCGCUUUGAGAGUUGCUGGAGCUGCCAUGAACGUGGCCAACAACAUUGGAACUUAUCAUGAAAAGAUUUCAAAGGUUGGAAAUUUCAUUAGUGGCAAAGCUGCCAAUGCUUUGGAUCGUGUGGGUUUGAAAGGUGCUGCCUUUUUUGCUCGUAAAACUGGCACCUCCAUUUCAAACUUUUCUCGUGAUAAGAUUGCUCCUAUAGAGAAUCGUGUAGCUCAAAAGAUUGCUCCAGUGGUCAAGUCCAAACCAUUCCAAGCGGUGAGAAAGACCUUAAACGUCGUGAACAAUGUGAUUGGUGGAGUGACCUCCAUUAAGUCAGGUUUGAAUGCUGUUGGUUUGGCCCCCAACGUUCGUCUUCCAAGAAACUAUGCUGCUCUCAAAUCCAGUUUGAAAUCUGCCACUCGUUACGUGACAAGUGGAAAUUGGAGACAAAAGGCUCGACAAAUUGGACGAUUGGCCAAGAUUGGAGCACGUAACUUUAAAAGAGGAGAUUGGAAGACUAAGUACAAUGCAGUAAGCGGUUUCUACAAUGGUGCUUCCUCGUUGAAGGCUGCCAUUACAGGUAAAUCAUUUGGAUUCUCUCUCCCAGGAUUGCCAGGAAGAUGGGGAAGAAGUAAUAAUGCUGCACGAAAUGGUAAUAACAGAAGAGGAGCAAGUUCCCGACGUGGAAGAGGAGGAUGGGGUGCUUCUAGAUCAAGUCGUUACGGAAGAAACAGUAACCGAAGAGGAGGAAACUCAAGAAGAAACAGAUCAUCCUCUAGAGGUGGUGGUUUCCGAGGUGGAAGAAGAGGAAAUUCAUCAAGAAGAAGAAGCAACAACAACAGAUCAUUCUCCUCACGACGAGGUAGCAGAAGAGGUGGAAUGAGCAGAAGCUCUCGUGGAAGAAGCUCCAGAGGUUAUUCUCGCCGAUCUGCAUCCUCUCCAAGAAGAGGAGGUGGUUUCCGAGGUGGAAGAAGCUACCAAAGAGGAGGAGGUGGUUUUAGAGGAGGUAGGUCCAGAGGUGGCGGUUUCCGAAGUGGCGGUUCUUCCAGAGGUGGAAGAAGAUAA